AUUCUGUUGCUGAACCCAAAUGAGAUUGGUCACGGCUACUGCUUUCCCACAAAAGUCUCGCCUCUCCCUGCUGCCGCUUGCCGUCGCCCAUCUCUCCUCCCCUCUAUUCUGGCCAUCUGCUAGUGGAUUGCUUGAUCUGCUACAGUGCUAAUCUCAGCCCUCUUUCGUUUUUGUCCCUGCAUUUACCUGCACUUUUUAGAUGUUGAGUUGGUGACUUGUACAGAGCAGUAUGGGGAACUGAAUCAAACAAAAGCAAGUGUGGAGUCUAAAUGGAGUUGAGGGGUUGAGGGAAGUUCAUAAAACACUUUUCAGAUUUUGCUGUAUGAUGAUAGUGUGAUAUCUGGAAUUAUAUUAAAUGAAUGAGUAGAUUUUGGAGAAGCAUUAGCAUUUCUGCUGAUAUAUUUUUUUUCCACUUUCUUGUGAUCAUUUUUCUUUUUUUCUUUCUUGAUUAAGGACAACUGUGGAACACAUGCUCUGCUUCAUGCUUUCUUUUGAUUUAAUUAUCUAACAUAUUAUCCUGUCAAUAUGAUGCUUGUAAAUAUUAAAUUGUAUAUAAGAAAGAAAUCAUCACUUCUCUGAAUUGAUUUUUAUGUAUGUAUAGUAUGUCGAUUUUUGGUAAAUUCGGUUUGUUUUAAACUGAACUUAACAGAAUCAUACUUAGCGAUUUAGUUCAGUUUAAUUGAAAAUCGAACCAAUCGAAUGCUCCCCUACCCAUACACAUACAAUAGCAUAGAAGUAGCUAGCACUUCAGAAACAGAGCAGUAAGCAUCUCUGUCUCUGUCAUGGCAAACAGAGAGGCAGAGCAGCAGGGCUGCCGGGGUGGUGACGCUUUUGGGGAUAUUGGUUGGCCCAUUUGUGGCCAAAGUCUAGUGGUCUCUGAAAUUCAAGGGUUUUACUGUUUAUCAAAGACCCAAAACCUCCCAGCCCAUUUAGAAAAUCAGUGCUUCCUUACUUUCUCUCACCAUCGCCGUAGCACCACCACCACAGUCGUAUAAUCCUCCAUUUAAAUGUUAUUGUACCCUCUCUAACCUUAAACAACAUAAUUUCAACAGCUAUUACUCUAAUCCUUGCCACCACUGGACUCUCCAUUUCCAUAAACAAGUUAGAAACUCAAAGCUCUUAGCUUGCACACUGAAUCUUAUGUUCUCAUUUACUCAUUUUUUUCGAGGUGGCAUCCUUUACCUUUGUCAGUGCUUGUAGCUUUUUACCCUGCCUGUUUCGUAGUGGCUUUUCAACUUGUUGCUAUUCAAUUGUUCGACAAAAUGACACUGAGAAAUAGUAGUUUAAAAUAAAUCAUCUUAUACUUGAUUAAUUGUAUGAAACAUAAACAUAUGCAUUCAAAUUUUUUUAUAUAUUUGAUUGUUUCUAAGAGCUUUCAUAUCUCGGUGGCUGUUGGAUUGUAAAUUCAAUCCUUUCUCAACAUUUAUAUUAGUAGGAUUGAGCCAUAAACAUGGAACCAUGGUCAAUGCUUGUGGCAAAUUCAAGUUUUGAAGCUUUUGAAUUUAAUUGACAGAGUCAUACAUGGCGUUGAGGCGCUUCUUUGGGUUCUCAGAUGGCGAGCUGAUGAGGUCAGAUGCUAAACCUUGCUCCAGGCUAAUGAGGCAAACAGCUGGAAUUUUUUCCGUUGGAGGGGCAUUGGGAUUCUGGAUUCUCUGUAGAUUGCAUUAUGGUCCUAGAAUUACAGUUCCUAGGAGCCUUCGCUGGGCUACUUGUGGAGCUAUUUCUGUGAGUUCAACCUCUGCUCUCCUGGUCCGCCUUUUCAGUCCUGAAUGUGAACCCCAGAAUAUAGCUGCUUAUGACAAAACAAAAUAGUGAUACAUCACUAUUAAGGUUGAAACUAUUGUGCAUUAGAUGAGCCCAUCUAUCAGUCUUUUGCAGAGACAUCCAUCCUAUUAUAUAUUUCCUGUGAUGAACAUUCUUGUGUAUAAAGUGAUACGUUCAUCUUGAAAAGGCUUUGUGGAACAGUUAGUCUUGUCUGAGGAUUAGUCGUCUUUGAUUUAGCAUAGCCAUGAAUAUUUAGCAUGGAUCUUCCAAGUUGGUUUCCAUCAUUAAUCUGUAGCAACAUUAUGCCUCGUGAUAUCCUUUUGAUCAACAAAUAAUGCUCAUUGUGAGAAUUAAAUUUAUAAGAAUAUAUGGCGCUACGAUGGA